AUGCCUUCUCCUCUGAUUGCCCGAUGCGCCAUCAACUCCUACCCGGCCAUCACCACUCACCUGCGGAGUCUCUCCAUCCGCCCAUUUACAACAACCUCAACGAAGCAGAUCCGCCUCUUCUUUCCAGAAACUCAGACGAAGAAAAUCCGAAUCACGCCGCCGGCAUGGCCCCAUCCGAUCUACACCGAGGAGGAUAUGAAGAAAGUCGGCAUCGCUCAUCGAGAGACACGUACGUUCAGUGAUAGAGUGGCCCUAGCCACGAUCCGGAUGCUCCGGUCCGGCUUCGACCUUGUCUCGGGCUACCGACACGACCAGGCGGUCGCGCUGCAUAAGAAGGACCCGGCAACGGCGCAGCAGAAGUACGCCAUGACGGAGGAGAAGUACCUUAUCCGGAACAUCUUCCUCGAGAGCAUCGCCGGUGUCCCCGGGAUGGUGGGCGGGAUGUUGCGUCAUCUCCGCAGUCUGCGACGGAUGAAGCGAGAUAACGGCUGGAUCGAAACCCUCCUGGAAGAAUCCUACAACGAGCGCAUGCACCUCCUCACCUUCCUCCAAAUGGCCGAGCCAGGCCUCUUCCUCCGCCUCCUCGUCCUCGGCGCCCAGGGCGUCUUCUUCAACGCCUUCUUCAUCGCCUAUCUGGUGAACCCAGUCAUCUGCCACCGCUUCGUCGGCUACCUCGAGGAAGAGGCCGUGAUCACGUACACGCGCGAAAUCGCUGAUAUCGAAGCCGGCAAGCUGCCCAAGUGGGAGAACCUGCAGGCGCCUGAGAUUGCGGUCAAGUACUGGAACAUGCCCGAGGGCCACCGCAGUAUGCGCGAUCUGCUGCUAUACAUCCGGGCGGACGAGGCAAAGCAUCGCGAGGUGAAUCAUACAUUUGGGAAUCUGGAGUGGAAGGAGGACCCGAACCCGUAUGUGUCUGUGUAUCGGGACGAGGAGAAGCCGCAUCCCACCAAGGGAAUUGAGAAUUUGAAGCCGACGGGGUGGGAGAGGAAGGAUGUAGUGUAA